GGCUCUCCUCCGGUCCAAAUUGUAAAUGAUUUUCACUUCUUUAAUCAUACUUCGAUCAGCUCUAACUUGUGCAACUCUGCUUCUUCGAUAUCACAGAGCAAUGGCACACGCCUCGGUGAGAUUGAAGCUUGUCUGUAGCAACGAUGGAUUAUCGUUCGGCGAGUAUUCGAGAGACCAAUUUCGUCAGGGUCUCUACACGACGACGGUUGGAUCGCCGUUGAUUCCCGUGCGCAGGAGCCGAUUAAAGCUCCGCGAGUUUCGAGCGAGAGUUUCUUCGUCUUACUCGUUUUCUUCGAACAGAAAGAAAACUAGGGGGGAUCUCGAUGAUAACGCCGAGAAGAAUCGAGAAGACGACGCCGCAGAUGAUUGGAACUUGUACGGAGAUGAUGAUAGUGAGUUUGAGACGGAUGAUUUAUCUUGCUUCAGAGGCUUGGUUCUUGAUAUUUCAUACAGGCCGGUGAAUGUUGUUUGCUGGAAGCGCGCAAUCUGUCUGGAAUACAUGGAUAAGGCCGAUGUUCUGGAGUAUUAUGAUCAGACUGUUGAUUCUCCUACUGGUUCAUUCUACAUACCUGCUGUAUUAAGGGUUCCACAUCUGCUUCAGGUUGUUAAAAGAAGAAGAGUGAAAAAUUCACUGAGUCGUAAAAACAUUUUACUGCGAGACGACUACACUUGUCAAUAUUGUUCUUCCCGUGAAAACUUGACCAUUGAUCAUGUUAUCCCCAUUUCCCGAGGUGGUGAAUGGACUUGGCAAAAUCUGGUAGCUGCAUGUUCAAGAUGCAACUCAAAGAAAGGUCACAGGACAGUAGAGGAAGCACACAUGAAGUUACUCAAGUCUCCAAAGGAACCAAAAGAGUACGACAUUGUUGCCAUACCAUUAACAAAUGCAGCUAUAAGGAUGCUGAGAUCGAGUAAGGGAAUGCCAGAAGAAUGGCGUGAGUAUCUGGCAAAGCCCUCACACGAGCCUUAGCAGUUUCUCUCAGGAAUCAAUUGUGUAAAGCGGUCCAAUCUCAGUAAAUACAGAAAGCAGUGGGCUCGAUUGCAUUUGUAGAUUCAUCUAAUGUAGCUUCAAAAGUUCAGGUGGUUGUGUCGGACUUGUGGUUGAGUAUGCCUUCAGAUGUAUAUGAUACGUAAAUAAUGACAUCAUAUUCAAGCACAAACUAAUAGUUCAUAAUUCAACUAUAUAUUCAUCCACAAAUUGAAAGAUAAUUUUAUUUUAUCCCA